AUGGACGAGAGUGUCCUCGAUGAAAAGACACGAGUUGAGCGAUAUGACUCCCAAUCGUGGGAAUCGCUCAAGACAAAUCCUCUCUAUGAAGAUUUGGUUGAAUUCAAGGAUGUAUUCCCUGAAACUGUUCCGUGCGAAUUACCGAAGGAUAAAGGUAUUCGACACGAGGUCAAGCUUAAACCAGGCUCGAAGUACUGUGUCAUGAAGCAGUGGCCACUGCCUCGUGAACAAGUACUUGCGAUCGACAAGUUCUUUGCCAAUCGUUUAGCUGCGGGCCAUGUGAGGGAAUCAACUUCCCCACAUAGCUCUCCGACCUUCUGUGUGCGAAAAGCAACAGGAGGGUGGUGGAUUGUGCACGCGUUCAACAAAUUGAAUGCUGCAACGGUACCGGCUUCGACGCCGAUACCAAGGAAGGACGUAAUCAUUGAUGGUAUGUCAAAGAGUACCAUCUUUUCGUCAAUGGAUUCGAUGGAUGGCUUCUAUCAAAUCCUUAUGCUAGAAUGGGACAUACCCUAUUCCGCAGUGAUCACGCCUAGCGGCACGCUCUGGGAAUGGCUAGUAGUGCCAUAA